AUGGCACUCUCACUAUCGAGCCUCUUCCUUCCGCUCUCCCUACUACUAUCAGUCGCUACCUGCGCGACCGUCACAUAUGACUUCGACAUAGCAUGGACUUAUGCGAACCCCGAUGGGCAGGAAACGCGCCCGGUUAUUGGCAUCAAUGGCCAAUGGCCUUUACCACCUAUCGUAGUCACGAAAGGCGAUCAGGUCAUCGUCAACGCAAAGAACUCUCUAGGAAAUGAGUCGACGAGUCUGCACUUUCAUGGCUUGUACAUGAAUGGGACUACGCAUAUGGACGGUCCUGUUGCUGUCACACAAUGUGGUAUCCCUCCAGGCAGCUCCUUCACAUACAACUUCACCGUCGACCAACCCGGCACAUAUUGGUAUCACAGCCAUGAGCGCGGCCAAUACCCAGAUGGUCUUCGUGGCCCUCUGAUUGUGCAUGAUCCCGAAGACCCAUUCAAAGAUCUCUACGACGAAGAAGUCGUCAUAACACUUUCUGAUUGGUACCACGAUCUCAUGCACAAUCUCUUGGGCGAAUUCAUCAACAUCGCCAAUCCUUCCGGCGCAGAGCCCGUACCUCAAGCCGCAUUGCUCAAUGACACUCAGAACUUGACGGUCGCCAUUCAACCAGGAAAGACGUAUCUCUUCCGCUUAGUCAACAUGGGUGCGUUCGCUGCCCAGUACGUCUGGUUCGAGGAUCACACCAUGCGCGUUGUCGAGGUUGAUGGCGUGUAUACGGAACCCAUGGAGGCAGAUAUGAUCUAUCUGACCGCAGCGCAGCGGUACAGUGUUCUCGUCACUGCCAAGAACGACACCAAUUCCAACUUCGCUUUUGUAGGAAGCAUGGACCAGGACCUGUUCGAUGCUAUACCCGAUGGGCUGAAUCCCAAUGUCACGGGAUGGCUUGUCUAUGAUGAUAAGAAGGAUAUGCCUGCCGCAAAAGAGAUAUCAGCAUUUGAGCCCUUUGAUGAUUUCGCUUUGAUACCGCAUGAUAAGGAAGAGCUGUUUGAUCAUGUUGAUCGGUCUAUCACGCUGGACUUGAAGAUGGAUAAUCUCGACGAUGGGGCAAAUUAUGCGUUCUUCAACGACGUAACCUACGUCAGCCCCAAGGUACCCACAUUAUACACCGUCCUCUCCACCGGGCCCAACGCAACCAACCCCACCAUCUACGGCAGCAACACAAACGCGUUCGUACUUGCUCAGAACGAAGUUGUAGAAAUCGUGCUGAACAAUGAUGACCCUGGAAAACACCCCUUCCAUCUCCACGGCCACGCCUUCCAAGUCGUAACCCGCAGCGACGACGACGCAGGCUUCUACGACCCCACCAACACAACAACACCCCCUUCAACACCCAUGCGACGCGACACCGUCCUCGUCCGACCAAACGGCCACAUUGUUUUGCGUUUCCGAUCUGAUAACCCUGCUCUCCCCUUCUUCCUCAAACAACGCAAUCCCGCAAUCGCACUGGGACGUGUGUGA